AUUUACAAGAUUUUCAUUGUUAGGAGAUCACUCUAAUCCUCUCAAGUCUAUUGAUGGAAAUUAACCAACAUGAGUUCUCUUCAGAUUAAAUAACUCAUAAUGAGACUCACAUGUGUGAUGAGAUGUGUUCCUCAGGUGUCCAAAUCCACAAAAAAAUAUUCAAAUCUCCCUGAAAGCUACAUUGAGAGAGCCAUGGAUCAGAUUGAAUGGCAAAACCCUGACCACGGUCCUCAGUAUGUCAAAGGAAAAGUCAUCAAACGACACAGGUUCUACUUUGGAGAACAUCGCCCUUGGACAUACGAGUUCUUCAAGGACAAUGCGCCUGGUUCUUAUAAGGCUGAAGUUCUGGUUGAGCCCAUCAAAGACUGGUCGUUCUUCAAAGGAGACCUAGUAGAAGUUCUCAUUGGCAAAGACAAGGGCAAGCAAGGCCUCAUCAACUACAUAGUCGAAGAAAGAAAUUGGGUCUUUGUUGAAGGGUUGAAUUGCAAAUUUGAAGUUAAAGGAAAAUUGAAGGACUAUCCUGGCAUGCUGGUGAAGGUGGAGAAGCCCUUGCUUGUGACGCGCGAUGUGGCACUCGUCGAUCCCUCUGACAAGAAACCAACAAAGAUCGAGUGGCGCUACACGGAGCAGGGUGAGCGGGUGCGGGUGUCGCUGCGGAGUGAGCGCGUCAUCCCCAUCCCCAUCAUGGACGAGGAGACCGUCGACUACAAGACCAAGUCCGUCUACAAGGAGCAGCCAAAGGACACCGUCGAGGCCGACCUCGCUAUGGUGACGUUCACACCAGCACACGGGACGUUCCAGAUGCAGAUCAUGGAGGCCAUGGGCAUACAGGAGCACCGCGUUCCUAAGAAGUCGUACUGGUAUUACUUGGAGGAGAGAUGCUGAUCUGCGAGAGACUCCAUCUCGCUACCUCAAUCCCUGUAAAUUCCACCCACUC